GGAAUGCCGAGCGACGUCCUCAAGUCAGAGACAGAAACCGAGACUUUAACUGUAACACAAAUACAAUUACACAGAGGAUCUGACCACAGAUCAGACCCAGAGAGACUGGGCCUGGGGAGACUGGGCUGUCCUCCUGACUCAGAGUAUUUACCUGUAUUUCACCAGAGCCAGAGGACUGUUCAUUCCCAUGGUGAUGGUGACUCGUUAGACACUGGAGGUGAUGGUCCGUCUUGUUCUUACGCUACAGAGAUGGACCCUAGCAACAUGCCCUUGGAUUUAGAGAGACAGACUAAUCUGUCUAGAGGGGACUGGAACCGGUACAGUAGUCGUGUAUACUCUGAAGGGUGCCUAGAUGAGAAAGGGGAGGUUAUAGUGGUAGAUGAAGUGACUGUGAAAGUGGAGGGCGACGUUCCUCCCACAUGGAAUGCAGAUAGUCACCUUGGAGAUGGACUCACACAGGACAGAGAUUUCUUAGAUUACAGGGAAAGCUUAGAGACAAGUGCAAAUGUCGCUACCCACUCCCCUUUACAUACGUUCAGGGAUUGCAACCCAGUGUCCAGAUCGAUAGGGCCUACUGAUCCACACCGCCUCGUCCUUUUCGAUAAGGGAUUGAACUCAAAUUACAGAGCUAGAGACCAGGCUCGGGGUGGGGGAGCAACAUUAGGCAAAAGUAAAGAGAAACGUUUCCUCUGCAUGUUCUGUAACAAAGGCUUCAGCUGCCCCCAGAAGGUGGAGAUUCACCAGCGGGUCCACACAGGGGUGAAACCCUUCAGCUGUACCCAGUGCCCCAUGGCCUUCGCUCAAGCUGGUGACCUGAAGAGGCACCAGAGGGUCCACACAGGGGAGAAACCCUUCAGCUGUACCCAGUGUCACAUGGCCUUUGCUCAGGCUGGUCACCUGAAGAGACACCAGAGGGUCCACACAGGGGAGAAAUAAUACAGCUGACCCCGUUGUCAGAAGAGAUUCUUACGCCAGCUGAAGAUGCACCUGAAGGUCCACACGGGAGAAAGGCCAUUCGCCUGUACUCACUGCGGGGAGAGGUUCUCCGAGAGGAGCUACCUCAGGAUACACCAGCAGAAAAAACAUUCCACUCUAUAACAUAGAAAGCAACCAUUCCACUCAAUAGCUUCUGACGGUUGUAUCAAACCCUGCAUUAAAGACAAAGAUGAACUGUCAUUGUUGUCGUCACGAAAAAUAUCCACAGACGCAUUUGGUAUUACGAGAGUUACAGAUUUCAGUGUAGAAUAUUGCAUCCAGACAUUGUGUGAUAUAUAAGGCAUAUAUAGGGCUGGGAGUUUCAAAUUCAUGUUUUAACGCAAUGUUUAAAUGCAUGUAUCGCAAAAAUUUUGUUUUUAUUUUUAGAUAUUUUUUGCGUUCUACAGUGCCUUCAGAAAGUAUUCAUACCCAUUAACUUAUUCCAUAUUUUGUUACAGCCUGAAUUAAAAUAAUACAUUUCGACUAUCUACACAACACCCCAUAAUGAAAAAGUGAAAACAUGUUUUUAUACAUUUUUGCAAAUACAGAUAUCAAAUUUACAACAUUUAUUGUUAAGCACAGGUUGAAUACUUAUUGACUCAAGACAUUUCAGCUAUUUAUUUUUAAUACAUUUGUAAAAAUUUCUAAAAACAAUUUCACUUUGACAUUAUGGGGUACUGUGUGUAGACCAGUGACACACAGUCUUAACGUUCAGGCUGUAACACAACAAAAUGUGGAAAAAGUCAAGCGGUGUGAAUACUUUCUGAAGGCACUGUCUUUUUGGUCUCAUGUCCUUCGCUCCUUCUGGCUGUGUGCACUGUGCACCUUCCCACUCCUACACAGACACCAAGCCCCUCCGAUGCCACUCACAACAACGAUGUUAGAUAACUUAACCUUUCUGACUAUACCCAUUUUUUUUUCUCAAAAUUGUAGACAGAGCAGAUCCUACUAAAACGAGAGUAUCAAUGAACAUGAUUGUGGAAAAUUCAGUUCUGUCGUGUGCUCGGCAUUGUGUUACCAUGUACCGCUAGCAGUAUUUUAGCCACAGUGUGUUUUAUAAAUGUGCAAUGAGCAUUAAAAAAGGAAUUGGCAAUUUGUUCUCAUUCUGAGAAAUAAGCAUAUUCUUAUGCAGGUAACCCACUUGAUUUGAACAUCUACUCAAAGUGAACAGGCUGUUGUUCAAACAGUUGGAGAUGGACAGGAGGGUGCCAUCACAACAGUUCAACCUUGGUAGCAAGCAAAUAGAUCCAAGUUAACCAAUAAACAUGGAUUUGAAGAUGGCUAGACUUUAAAUCUAAAUAUUAGCUGGCUACUCACUAGCACGUGGGCUUGUGCUUGAGAGAUUGUUUAUGAGACCUGUGUUCAUUUUCUAUAAUGCCUGCUACAAGAGGCUAGUCAUUAUUAGUGAAUGUGGAUAGUUCUGGUAAAAGGUUAUCAAAAAUGGCAUUUUCAUGGACUUGAAAGCUAGAUCAGUGAUUAUUGCAACAACAAAAAAAGCAGUUUAAACUAUUUUGAUAAAAUAAUUACAUUAUUAGUGGGUCUUAUGGUUGUGGAAGGCAUGUAAUUUAGCCUACAGUAGGUAUAAUUUUACAAGCCCUGAUUUAUUUAUGACUGUUUGAAAUUAAUUGUAUUAAACUUUAAUUGUGCAACAAAGAUUAUUUAAAGAGAACUUGAACCAAAGGUUUGAAAGAUUCGAGCUGAUUUUUAAGCCAUAUUGCCCAGCCCUAGGCAUAUAUAAGCCUAAAAGGUAUGUUAUGUAAUUGUGUUUGUACUGUGUGUUCACAAAUGCCUAUUUCAUUACUUCCAUUCAACUACUUAAUUUCUUUCCCAAGAAUGGAGUUUAUCAUGCAGAUUUCUAGUUGAGACGUGUGUAUGUGUGGUUUUCAUAUGGUGUAUUUAAAACUUGUGUGUUUUAAUAAACACAAAAUGGGACUUUU